AUGGGUUAUAAGAAUUCUAAACUAAUAGACGCAUUAUCUAAUCUACCUCAUUUCAAUCAAGAAGAAAUUAAUCGUAUACAUGAAUGUUUUAUGAAAUUAGAUGCAAAUCAUUCUGGUUCUAUUAAUGCUUGCGAGUUUCUUUCAAUUCCUCAAAUUGCAAAGAAUCCACUAGCAACACGUCUUUUUGCUGUAGUUGAUGAGGACGGAGAUGGAAAUAUGAAUUUUGAAGAACUUAUAAAAAGUUUAAACAUUUUUUCAAGUAAAGGGCAUAAAAGGGAAAAACUAUUAUUUACUUUCAAAAUUUAUGAUAUAGAUCGAGAUGGAUAUAUUUCGAACGGGGAGCUUUUUCUUGUUCUUAAAAUGAUGACGGGAAAUAAUAUAAAAGAUUUACAUUUGCAGCAGAUCGUUGAUAAAACCAUUAUAGAUGCAGAUCAAGAUAAAGAUGGAAAAAUUAGUUUUGAAGAAUUUACACAAAUAAUUAUAAAUACAGAUGUUACAAAAAAUAUGGCACUCGAUUCCACUUUAUAUUAAUUCAUUUAUCUAAUUUUUAUGUUCCAGCUCCUACUUUUCUUGCUUUUAACAGUGUUAAGACAUAACGCAUU